AUGACUGAUGGUAGCUCGUGCAUUGCGCAUCGCACGACAAUUUUGGCUGAGCACUCCUCCCCUGGAAGCUCUUCAACAGCCGCUUCAUCUCUUGCCUCAAUCAUCCUCCCGAAAAUCUCACAUGACAAGCCUCAAAAAUUGACCUACACCCACGAAAGACUCUUUGUCCACUACAUUGCCGACUCACCUUCCAGUCGUGCAGCAGAUGAUCAAAAUGGCCAAGCUGAGCCAAACUCAUCUGCCCCGCUGAGUUUUGUAGUGGUUGCGUCUACCGAACAAGGCCGACGGGUGCCCUUCGCCUACCUACUGGAAAUGAAACGGAAGUUCUUGAGUUCUUACCCUCCAUCCAGCACCGACUUCUCCGCCCUUCCCGCAUACGGCUGCGCCGCUUUCAACUCCGAGCUUCGUGCUCUUCUCAACACCUACAAUACCUCACCGCCUGCAGACUCACUCGCCUCAGCUCGUCGGGAAAUUGACAGCGUUCGCGACAUCAUGACGGAAAACAUUGAGCGGGUCCUUGAGCGAGGAGAGCGCAUCGAUCUGUUGGUCGACAAGACUGAUCGUCUAGGUGGCAGUGCACAUGAUUUCCGAAUUCGCAGCCGCGGCUUACGACGGCGUAUGUGGUGGAAGAACGUCAAGUUGAUGGUGCUGCUCGGCUUUGUUGUGGUCUUCCUGCUCUACCUGUUCGUUGGUAUUGGGUGUGGUCUGCCAGGCUGGUCGAAGUGUGUCAGCCACUAA